CCUAGUCCGAGGUCGACGUGGCCAUAACAAACCACUGUCAGCUGAGGCCGGAGGAGAGACCACUGCAACUAUGAUCGGUUCCUUCAAGCAGAUGAAGAAGGAUGAGGAGGAUGGUGGUGGGAAUCCAUACCACAGCAUGGACAAGACUUCAGUAUUACAAGAGGCUCGGGUUUUCAACGAGACUCCAGUUAAUGUGAAGCGCAGCACCCAUGUCCUCACCAAGAUUCUCUAUCUCCUCAACCAAGGAGAGAGCCUUGCCACCAAAGAAGCUACCGAUGCCUUCUUUGCAAUGACCAAGUUGUUCCAGAGCAAUGACUUGGUUCUUCGACGGCUUGUAUAUCUAGGGAUUAAGGAACUGUGCACUGUAGCAGAAGACACAAUCAUUGUAACAUCUUCCCUAACGAAAGAUAUGACUGGGCGAGAGGACCAGUACAGGGCCCCAGCAAUUAGAGCACUGUGCAGGAUCACAGAUGCCACCAUGAUGCAGGCUAUCGAGAGGUACAUGAAGCAGGCCAUCGUUGAUCGUGCACCCGGUGUUAGCAGCGCUGCUCUAGUAUCUUGCCGGCAUAUCAUGAAGGAUUCACCAGAUGUUGUCAAACGCUGGGUCUCUGAAGUGCAGGAAGCACUUAGCUCUGACUGUGUGAUGGUUCAGUUUCAUGCCCUCGGAGUGUUGCACCAGAUCCGCAAGUCGGAUAAACUUGCUGUUACGAAGAUGGUGACAAAACUAACUUCUUCUGGUCUUCGUUCUCCUUAUGCCAUCUGCUUGCUGAUUCGUAUUGUAGCUCGUCUUAUCGAGGAAGACGAGGUUGGAGCAGAUUCGCGGUUGUUUGACUUUCUGGAGUCCAUGUUGAGGCAUAAAGCAGAGAUGGUAAUAUAUGAAGCGGCCAAUGCCAUUGUUACUCUCAGAAAAUCCUCGGCACGGGACUUGGCUCCUGCUAUCUCCGUUCUGCAGCUCUUUUUGUCCAGUCCUAAACCUACUCUCAGAUUUGCAGCAGUACGAACCCUUAGUAAAGUUGCAAUGACACAGCCUAAUGCAGUCACAGCCUGCAAUUUGGACCUUGAGAACUUGAUCCAAGAUGUGAAUCGAUCCAUAGCUACUCUCGCAAUCACUACGCUUCUCAAGACUGGCUCCGAGGGAUCUGUGGACCGCCUCAUGAAGUCGAUCUCCUCAUUCCUUAAUGACAUUUCAGAUGAAUUUAAAAUAGUUGUUGUUGAGGCUUUGCGAGCACUGGCAUUGAAGUAUCCAAGGAAACAAGCAGUGCUGAUGGGCCAGUUGGCCGACAUGCUGCGCAGUGAGGGAGGCCUUCCAUACAAAGAAGCAAUUGCCAGUACAAUCAUCACUAUAAUUGAGGAUAAUCCUGAAGCCAAGGAGAAAGGUCUGGAUCAUUUAUGUGAAUUCAUUGAGGAUUGUGAACACACAACACUGGCUGUGCGCAUCAUCCACUUGUUAGGUCGUGAAGGACCACGAACUCGGCAGCCUGCCCGAUACAUUCGCUUUGUCUACAAUCGUGUCAUUCUGGAGAAUGCAGCAGUGCGAGCAGCAGCUGUAUCGGUCCUUGCCAAGUUUGGUGCACAGUGCGAGUCUUUGUUGUGCAAUAUUUUAGUGUUACUGCAACGAUGCAUGAUGGACACUGAAGAUGAGGUGCGCGACCGCGCAACUUACUACUAUGCUGUCUUGGCUUCCCGUGAUAGUGCCCUUAUUAAUCAGUACAUCCUCAACCCUCCACAGUUUGCACUGACAAGCUUGGAACGUGCUUUAGUUCAGUACUUACGAACUGACACUUCUGGACCAUUUGACACUCGCACAAUUCCCACAGCUCCUCCUCCGCAGGAAGAAAAGAAAUCUCAAAGUAUCAUGGAACCAGCACCUCGUCCAGAAGAACGCAUUAUACCCACACAUGAAAAGUACGCUGAGCAGCUGGCAGCCAUUCCUCAGUUUGCUCAUCUUGGACCACUCUUCAAGUCCUCAGUGCCCUUGGAACUUACUGAAGCUGAAACAGAAUAUAUGGUGCGCUGUAUUAAGCAUACAUUCCAGAAGUAUAUUGUCCUACAGUUUGAUUGCACCAACACCCUGAAUGAUCAGUUGCUGGAGGCGGUGAGUGUGGUGGUCGAGGGCGACGGGUGGGAUGUGGAGGCUUCUUUGCCAUGUCCUUCUCUCCCGUAUUCCCAGUUGGGUUCUUGUUACACUCUACUUCCCAUUCCUGAGGACAUCAUGGCUACUACAGGUACCUUUUCGGCAACGUUAAAGUUUAAAGUCCGGGACUGUGAUCCUUGUACGGGUGAACCAGAUACUGAUGAAGGUUACGAGGAUGAUUACACGCUGGAGGAUGUAGAGAUAACCGUAGCAGACCACGUUCAGCGAGCUGCACGUAGCAACUUCGCCGCUGGCUGGGAAGAAUUGGGAGCAUCAAACGAGUUGGAAGAUACUUUUGCUCUGUCAGCCAUGAGCACUUUAGAGGAAGCAAUAACACAAAUCACACAAUUCCUAGGCAUGCAUCCUUGUGACCGAUCGGACCGCAUUCCCGAAGGAAAGAGUGCCCAUACAUUAUAUCUUGCAGGAACUUACAGAGGUGGACAUGAGGUGCUAGUGAGAGCUAAACUGGCUCUGGCAGAUGGUGUCACAAUGCAGCUCACAGUUCGAUCGGACGAUCCCGAAGUGUCCGAAGUUGUUGCUUCUGCAGUUGGUUAGUUUACUGGAAAUGUGACCUGGAGGCAUCAUAGUGUCACCCUUGAAAAUAACAAAAAUUUAUAGGCUUUUGAAAGAUUGCCACAACUUGGUUGAUGUCGUGUUCCAGCAAUUUAGUCAAGUUCCCAAUUUAGGUAGAAAGGAUUUUUUUUUUUUUUAUAAGAGGACUAUUUUAUUUAUCUGAAGGGUUUAAUGUAUUGUUUAGCUUACCCUGGAAUAAUAUGUACUAUCACUGAACAAUAAAUUAAUACAUUUAA